AUGAGAGUUCUGUCAGUUUAGUCAGUAGUAAACCGGUGUGCCGGCUGCCAGUAUCAUUUUCAGUGUUCACUUUUCUUACCUACCUAUUCGUGUCUACAAUUUUUUAAUUAAUUUAUCUUUAGUGAGACUACCAGCGAAAUAUAUAUUGGAAAGAAAAAUGUCGUCGUUGAAAGAAAAAUUGUUGACCAAUGUCGUAGAGCCUACCUCCAAUGGAAAAAAUAAAGUUACUGUUGUUGGCGUUGGUCAGGUUGGAAUGGCAUGUGCCUUCAGUAUUUUGACGAACAAUGUGUCGAAUGAUCUCGUACUCGUCGAUGUGAUGGCAGACAAAUUGAAAGGAGAAAUGAUGGAUCUCCAACAUGGUAGUGCGUUUUUAAAGAACGCAAGGAUAAAUGCCAGUACUGAUUAUGAAGCCACAGCAAAUUCGACUUUAUGCAUUGUGACUGCUGGGGCUCGUCAACGAGAAGGUGAAACCAGACUUGAUCUCGUUCAGAGAAACAUUGAGAUCUUCAAAGGAAUCAUUCCUCAGCUUGUAAAAUAUAGCCCUAAUACGAUCUUAUUGAUUGUAUCUAAUCCUGUUGACAUUUUAACUUACGUCGCAUGGAAACUAUCCGGUUUACCGCAGAACCGCGUUAUCGGUAGCGGAACAAAUUUAGAUUCUACGCGUUUCCGUUUCUUGCUUUCUCAGAAACUCAACGUAGCACCAACCUCUUGUCAUGCUUGGGUAAUAGGAGAACAUGGUGAUAGUAGCGUACCACUCUGGUCCAGUGUGAAUGUCGCUGGUGUACGUUUCCGUGAGCUUAAACCUAACAUUGGAACUAGCAAAGACGAAGAACAUUGGGAUGAUGUGCAUAAACAAGUCGUCCAAAGUGCAUAUGAAGUUAUAAAACUCAAAGGUUAUACUUCCUGGGCAAUUGGGCUUAACGUAUCAAGUCUUGCAGCAACGAUAUUGCGAAACACUCACCAAGUCCACGCUGUUACUGUCAAAGUUACUGGUCAUCAUGGUAUUACUGAGGAAGUUUUCUUAUCUUUACCAUCAAUGUUGGGUGAAAACGGUGUCACAUCUAUUGUUAAUCAAAUAUUGACGGAUGAAGAACGGAAAUUACUUCAAAAAUCAGCCCAGACAAUACACGAGGUCCAGAAAAAUUUGGAACUUUGAAACGACAGUAUUGCGUGCAUAUACUUAGACUAACGUUCUUUUUGUCUUUUACGUGUCGUGCGUGUUCAAUGUAUAUUUAUUUUCAUUAGGCUUUAACUACUUUUAAGCGCAAGUACCGAUUACUUUCGAUAUUUUCACUUAUAUCGUGUCGUUGCAUUUAUUUCAACUAUUAUUUAUAAAUUUCUACAAAAAUUUUAGUUAUUAUAAUUUGUUGAUUGUUUUUGACGAAUACUAAAGGAUUUAAGACGAUAUUAUUUAUUUUAUGAUAUAUAAAUUGGAUUCAUUUUUACUUUUUUUUAUUUCAUGACAAUUUCAUGCAAAUGUGGCAAUUAUGUUUUGGAAGCAGCUAAAAAAGUAUAAAUUUCAGUAUUAACAUUGUAAUUUACUUGUCGUUGAUGUUGUGAUAUCAUUAUAGUAGUUGAUGCCUUUAUAAAAUAUCGUAGAUCUAAAUUUAUUAUUACAAUCAUGAUACAAUUAUAUAUUUUACAAA